GGAACAAAGCCAAAACUUUGGCGAAGUUUAUUUUCACGCACGGCAUCCUGGGUAAAAAUGGCGGCACCUGACAGAAAGGGAGUGCGGCACAGGAAAAAAGGCCCCCCUCUAGAUGGAAGCGGGGACGCCCUGCCGCCACGCCAGGAAGCCGUUACCAAGGAAACCAGGUUCAGGAGGUUGUUUGGCUUUGACCUUGAAGAGCUGCAGUCAUGGUCAGGGUUUGUCCAGCUGCUCAAUCGGCCAGCGGACCCAGCAAAUCUGGGGGUACUCCGUUUUCUCUUUGGGUUUCUGAUGGUGCUGGACAUCAUGCAGGAACGGGGGAUGUCCCACUUGGACAUGCGGUUUGGGAACCCAGACAUAUGCCACUUCCCUCUCUUCAACUUCCUGCAGCCACCCUUCAUAGACUGGCUCUACAUAGUCUAUCUGGUCAUGUUGAUAGGUGCAACAGGUAUCAUGCUGGGGUUUUGUUUCCGCCUGAGCUGCCUUUGUUUUCUGGGGCCGUAUUGGUUCAUCUUCUUCUUGGACAAGACAGCAUGGAACAACCACUCCUACUUAUAUGGACUCACUUCAUUCCUCCUGAUGUUGUCAGAUGCAAACAGAUACUGGUCUGUUGAUGGUUUGUUGAAUAAAAAGCUGCGGAAUUCUCACGUGCCUCUUUGGAACUACACUCUACUACGCUUCCAGAUUUUCACUGUUUAUUUCCUUGCUGGAUUGAAGAAGCUGGAUGCAGACUGGGUGACAGGACACUCCAUGACCCACAUCUCCAAACACUGGGUCUUCUCACCAUUCACGAUGUUUUUCUCUGAGGAGUUUGUGAGCGAUUGGAUAGUUCACAUGGGAGGACUGAUCAUCGACUUGUCCAUGGGGUAUCUCCUGUUCUUUGACGUCACCAGACCAAUAGCCUUCUUCUUUGGGGGAUCCUUCCAUGCCAUGAACUCACAGCUCUUCCACAUAGGUAUGUUCUCCUACACCAUGUUGGCCACCCUGCCCUUGUUCUCGUCCCAGGACUGGCCUAAGAGACUGGUGCACAAGUGUCCUGACAGGAUGAAGGUCAUCCUGCCACUGGACACACCGGCGCAGGACAGCAGGAGGUGUCUGUACACUAGGGAUAAAGAGGACCCACAGGCAAAGUCGGGGAAGCAGAAGAAGCCACCUACACGACUGAUCCACCACCUGUCUGCAGUGUUUGUACUGCUGUACAUGUCAGAACAGCUGUUCCUCCCCUACUCACACUUCAUCACACAGGGUUACAACUCGUGGACCCAGGGGCUGUAUGGGUACUCCUGGGACAUGAUGGUCCACACAUGGUCAGUCCAGCACAUAAAGGUCAAGUACGUGGAUGCAGCCACCGGAGAGUAUGGCUACCUUAGACCUGGGGUGUUUACAGGGUCGAGCCGUUGGAGCAGCCAUCCCGACAUGCUGAAGCAGUAUGCCACCUGUCUGCAGCACAGGCUGCAGGAACACAACAUCUCACAGCCACAGUUCUACUUCGACAUCUGGAAGUCCAUGAACAACAGGUUCCAGCAGAGGAUGGUUGACCCCCGUGUGGACAUCGUCACAGCUGACUGGUCUCCCUUCAGCCCCUCGUCCUGGAUGAUGCCACUAUUGGUCGACCUCACACCAUGGAGGGAGAAGUUUCAGGAGAUAGAAAAAACAAUGGCAAAUGAAACAGAAGUGGUCUUUGUUGCAGAUUUUCCAGGUCUUGAGCUGGAAAACUACAUCAACUCUGACUUUGAGAAUGUCUCCCUGACCGUUCUAUUUGGGGAGGUCAGGGUGGAGUUUAGAGGCCAGGAGAACAACGAAAGUCUGAAGAACAUCACUUUGAAGAAAGAUGACAAACUCGAGAUUCCUUCUGGAGAGUUUCACAAUGUCCUCACCACCUCGGAAUCCCCAUCCUGCUACUUCUACAUCUCCACUAACCAGACAGAGGUGGAGUUCAAGAAGAAUGUGACUGAAUACCUGGAGAGACAAAAGUCAACUGCCUCUGGUACAGAUGGGAACACUGCAGGAUCAGUGAAUGAGAGCUCAGACGACCCUCUGGUAGAAAAAUACCAAGAAGUUGCCAUGAGAAGAAAGAGGAGGGAACUCUAUAACUCUCUAUCUCAGCUGGACUACUUGAAGUUGUGGGGUUUACAAAAGUACUUCACCUUCAGGCGCAGUUUGCUGAUGAGUGGGCUGGCUGUGCGCAAUAUUGUAUUUGGAACUCCAGAGCUGGACCAGCUGGCAAAGGACAUACACUGGGCCUCGGGACAGUUUGACCCCGAAAAGUACUUGGACGAACUCGCAGGAGUUCCAAUGAUGGAGAAUCCAUGAUAUCCUGUACUUGGUGUUCUGCUAAAACAAGAUACUUAUUUUACAUUUCCUAUUCAGAAUACAGUUCCAUAAUUCUUGGACCUGAUCUAUAUUUUAACAUCUUCACUACAAUGACCAUUAGGUUGGUUUAGGUAGUGUGCAGGCUACAUGGACCAUUACACACACAGAAGUCAAAAAGACAUUGCUCUAGAUAUACAUGUAUUCAAAUUUGUUAAGCUAGACUAGCUAGAUUUCAGAGUUAUUUAUUUGUAAGUUACGUAGUGCACUUUUGUAGUGUCUAAGUCUAAGUAGUGCACUGUAAAGCAUAUCAGUCCUGGCUGCUAAGAAGAUGGGAUGUUGCUUGAUAAAUAAUGAAGGAAGACUUUCCCAAAGAGGUGCCGCUGUUGCUUCCUUAGAGGCAGUGUUACUUUCUAUUGAGCAUUCUCAGUGGGUAUCUGUGGACCAAACUGUUAUACGUGUGCCUUGUAAGGAAGAAGGUCGACAUUGAGAUUUUUCAGAAGUUUACUUGAUGUUUUAUCACAAUACUUAUUGGUUAUCUUGCUGGAAACAGCUGGUUAUAUCCACUAUUCAUCACCAUUUCAAACUUUUGUUUUAAUCUACAUCGUAUACCAAAAAAGUUUGAAGAAAGCAAACCGACUCCAGACAUUCUAAUGGCAGUGACAUGUCAUUGUAUUUGGUAUGUGUACUGAUAUUAAAGUAAUGAUGUAUGUUUAAGGUUGCCAGAGUCCAAAUCAUAAAAAUAAUAUUUUAUUCUUGCACUGAUUUUAAUAAUUUUCUAGUAUAUUUGAUUUUCAUUCCUGGACCAAUAGAAUUGAUGUAACUAAAAGAUGCUAUUUUUCUUCAGCAGUUGUUAUUUCUUAAGAUGUCAAGUAGGUCAAGUAGAUGUUAAGUGGGAGACUUGGUGCUCAUAGUCUAGCUGCUCCACACUUUUUGCUGCAUAGCAAUAAUGGUAUUUCAUGCCAAUGUUGGGAACAUUUAAAAUCAACAUUAAAUACAGCUGUAUCAGUA